AUGUACACCGAUAGACAGACAUCCAGAAACACAUAUGUACAGCAACAGACAGGGUACGUAACAGUGGCAGCUGUCCAGCUGAGUGAGCAGAGGGUGUAUCAGUGUCAUAAAGUGGUCGUUACAGCCUAUCAGCAGCACACCGGCAAUCUUCGCAACAUUCCGGAUCGAAGCGGUCCUCGGCCUGACAUCGAUGAUCAUUCACUCUGCGUUUUUUUGACAAAGAAGGAAGCAGCACUUUGCUUAUUGAACUGCAUGGAAUCCCCUGAACUUUUAAUAUAUUUACACUGCUUUACGCUUGUGAUUAAUGUUGCAUUCAGGACAAAUCCACGUUCACCUCCACUCUGUGACUGGUGA